AUGGAAGCGGAAGGCGAUUCGGAGAAGGCAAUGCAACUCUUCGAAGAGGCGUUGGAUGUCUACAAGGAAACCUCUUCUAUCAGUCCCAAUGCAGCAGCAGUCUACGAGAAUAUUUCUGCUCUCAAAGUUGCACAGGGGUUGCGAGGAGAAGAGGCCAUUGCUGCCAGUGCUUCAGCACUCAAGAUUCGUCGAAGAACGAAGGGCGACGAAGAUGCUGACACGAAGCUACGCAUGACAACGCAUCGAUCUUUGCUGAGGCUUCUCUUGGAGAGUCGGAGCUAA